GUUUGAUCUAUCGCUGGGGCGGGGAUGAAAGGUGGUAAAUAUGGCGGCGGCCUUGGAGGAAGAUGAAAUUGACAAUGAUGACUAUUAUUCUCUGUUAAACGUCCGCAGAGAGGCUACACAGGAAGAGCUCAAGGCUUCAUAUCGCCGUCUUUGCAUGCUGUACCACCCAGACAAGCACAGAGAUCCAGAGCUCAAGAAACAGGCAGAGCAGCUUUUUAACUUGGUCCACCAAGCAUACGAAGUGCUUAGUGACCCGCAAGCUAGAGCAAUUUAUGACAUAUAUGGGAAGAAAGGGUUGGAUGUUGAAGGAUGGGAGGUAGUGGAGAGGAAAAGAACGCCAGCAGAGAUCCGUGAAGAGUAUGAGCGACUUCAAAGAGAGAGAGAGGAGAGAAGACUACAGCAAAGGACCAACCCUAAGGGGACAAUAAGUGUGGGCAUUGAUGCGACAGACCUUUUUGAUUACUAUGAAGAGGAUUAUGAUGAGCUCUCUGGUGGUGGCGGAAGUGGAGGUUUACCGCACAUUGAGAUCAACAAAAUGCACAUAUCCCAGUCCAUAGAGGCCCCUCUGACCACUUCAGACACGGCUAUUCUUUCCGGCUCUCUCUCCACGCACAAUGGCAAUGGAGGAGGAAACAUAAGCUUGGCCUUGCGACGCGUCACCUCGGCUAAAGGCUGGGGAGAGGUUGAGUUUGGGGCAGGAGACACACAUGGCCCUCUCUUUGGCCUAAAGAUUUUCCGUAACUUGACUUCACGCUGCUUCACAACGGCUCAUUGUGGCUUGCAGUUUUCAUCGCGUGGCAUACGGCCGGGUCUCACUACUAUGCUUGCACGCCACCUAGACAAAAACACUAUGGGUUAUUUACAGUGGCGCUGGGGUACUCAAUCUUCCAUGAAUACCAGCAUUGUAAGGGACACCAAAAGCAGCCAUUUCACAUUUGCUGUGCAGUUGGGAAUUCCGCAUACAUUUAUCAUGAUGAGCUACCAGUACAAAUUCCAGGAUGAUGAUCAGACCAAGAUCAAGGGCUCUGUCAAGUCAGGGUUUUUCGGCACUGUAGUGGAAUAUGGUGCUGAGACUAAAAUCAGUCGGCACAGUGUCCUGGGCGCAACCGUCAGCGUUGGAGUACCUCAGGGCGUCUCGCUCAAGAUCAAGCUGAACCGAGCGAGUCAGACGUACUUCUUCCCCAUCCACUUAACAGAGCAGCUUCUACCCAGCGCCGUGUUUUAUGCCACCGUCGGACCCCUCGUGUUCUACUUGGCCAUCCAGCGGCUGGUUAUCAAACCUUAUGUUCGUGCUCAGCAGGAACAGGAGCUGGAGAAGCAGCGGGAGAGUUCGGCGUCAGACGUUGCCAAGAAGAAGCAAGAGGCAGAAGCAGCUGUUCUGCUGAUGCAGGAGUCUGUGCGCAGAAUUAUCGAAGCAGAGGAGUCUAAGAUGGGUCUGAUCAUCCUCAAUGCCUGGUAUGGCAAGUUUGUGACAGACAACAGCCGUAAGCAUGAAAGGGCAAGGGUCAUUGAUGUGACGGUGCCUCUACAGUGUCUGGUGAAGGACUCUAAGCUCAUGCUCACUGAAGCAUCUAAGGCUGGAUUACCGGGCUUCUAUGACCCCUGCGUGGGUGAGGAGAAGAGUCUGAAGGUGCUGUAUCAGUUCAGAGGUGUGAUGCACCAAGUUCUAUGUGGUGACACAGAAGCACUCAGGAUACCAAAACAAUCCCACAGGAUUGAUAAUGACACUUAGGAACAUGUAUCUCUUGAGCUGAAUGGGGGACAGCUUGGACUGGUAUAGACUGAUGAGACACAAAGUAGUGCCCUGGAAACACUCUGUGCCCUUAGAAGUCUUCAUAUACCUAUUUAUCCUUUAUUUUGUGCUCUUUUAAAUACUAUUCUUCACAAUGUUUCGCAAAGUAGAACAUUUGCAUUGGAACGUUUAAUUUGCUGGAUUUCCACUAAUAAAAUGAUGACCUUUGCCAGAAAAACCAGACAACAUAAAUAUAUAUAGAUAUUUUUUGCGUUGGCAGGCCUUAAAACAGUUUUUAAAACAAAGGCCCUCUUCCUGAAAUAUGGAUCCACAACAGUGCCUGUAAUCAGCACUCACCAGAGAGAGCUAUUUUAUCCUCAUUACAUCGCUGAGAAACCAUUGCUGCUUGAUUCGAUUCACUGAAUCCCGCAGGAGCUGGUGAAUCCCAGUUGUCAGCCUACUUUCUAUGACUGACUUUUUGUACCACCAGCUUCCAAAUAAACGAUAUUGCAAUUA